AUGCCGACGUACUGCAGUCAAUUAGAAGGCCGCCGCAAACCAGCCCUGCAACCGCGGGCAAGCCAACGUUGCAGGGUCAAGCCGACCGCGGGGAUUUACGCCCCCCGCUAUGAAGCACCCCCAAUUUUUCGUCGGGGCGGUACGGGUCAAGCCUACGGAAUUCUUUCCGUCAAGCAUCCGUCGACCAGAGCCUGUGGUGUAUCACAAAUGGCCGUCGCAGGUACACACAGGGCUCGAAGACCGGCGGAUCAAUCGGAUAUAAGUAGGACCUGGCAGAACACCACAUCGAUGACGACGGUGUCGAUGAAUCCAGUUUUGGCUCAACUCGACACGCUGGAGACGAAAGUGAACCAUCCGAUCGAUCGACAGGCUUGGGCGAUCGCGAUACGAACGACCAACGAUUCGAAACAGUUUUAA